CUGAUGUCUUUGACAAUCGAAAAGCAUUUCAUGAUUGGUUCGCACAACCCUUUCAAAAAGAAGGUCCUGCGCAUAAUAUAGAGGAUGACUGGCUGGAAACUGAGAAAAAGGUCAUUGUCAUUCAUAGGCUUCAUCAAAUUUUAGAGCCGUUCAUGCUUAGACGUCGUGUUGAGGAUGUUGAAGGUUCACUUCCCCCUAAGGUUUCGGUAGUCUUAAGAUGUAGAAUGUCUGCUAUACAGAGUGCCGUUUAUGAUUGGAUUAAAGCUACGGGAACUCUAAGAGUUGAUCCAGACGAUGAAAAACUUAGGGCUCAGAAGAGUUCGAUCUACCAAGCCAAGAUAUACAGAACUUUAAAUAAUAGGUGCAUGGAGUUGAGGAAAACAUGUAACCAUCCUUUGCUCAAUUAUCCAUAUUUCAAUGAUCUUUCCAAGGAUUUUCUCGUGAGGUCAUGUGGAAAACUGUGGAUUCUGGAUAGAAUUCUUAUAAAGCUACAGAGGACAGGCCAUCGGGUGUUGCUCUUCAGUACGAUGACAAAACUCCUUGAUAUUUUAGAAGAGUAUUUGCAAUGGAGGAGGCUUGUAUACAGAAGAAUAGAUGGGACUACCAGCCUAGAAGAUCGGGAGUCAGCUAUUGUGGAUUUCAAUGAUCCUGAUACUGAUUGUUUUAUAUUCCUGCUUAGUAUACGUGCAGCUGGAAGGGGUCUCAACCUUCAGACUGCUGACACAGUUGUGAUAUAUGAUCCGGAUCCGAACCCCAAGAAUGAGGAACAAGCAGUUGCCAGAGCCCAUCGUAUUGGGCAGACAAGGGAAGUAAAAGUAAUUUAUAUGGAGGCAGUUGUUGAAAAGUUUUCCAGCCAUCAAAAGGAGGACGAGCUUAGAAGUGGUGGUUCAAUAGACCUAGAGGAUGACUUGGCUGGGAAGGACCGGUAUAUAGGAUCUAUUGAGGGUCUCAUAAGGAAUAAUAUUCAGCAGUACAAGAUCGACAUGGCUGAUGAAGUCAUUAAUGCUGGGCGUUUUGACCAAAGGACGACUCAUGAAGAGCGGCGUAUGACUUUGGAGACUUUAUUGCAUGAUGAAGAGAGAUAUCAAGAAACCGUCCAUGAUGUACCUUCUCUCCAUGAGGUGAACAGGAUGAUUGCCAGAAGCGAGGAGGAAGUUGAGUUAUUUGAUCAAAUGGAUGAAGAGUUUGACUGGACCGAGGAGAUGACUUCUCACGAGCAGGUGCCUGAGUGGCUUCGAGCUAGUACCAGAGAGGUGAAUACUACCGUUGCUGAUUUGUCUAAGAAACCGUCAAAGAACAUGUUAUCAAGCAAUAAUCUGAUCGUGCAAACUACUGGGCCUGGAGGUGAGAGAAAAAGGGGGCGGCCAAAGAGCAAAAAGAUUAACUACAAGGAAAUUGAAGAUGACAAUGGAGGAUUCUCAGAGGAUAGCUCUGAGGAAAGGAACAUUGAUUCUGGGAAUGAAGAAGAGGGAGACAUUCAACAAUUUGAUGAUGAUGAGCUAACUGGUCCUCUUGGUAAUCACCAAACCAACAAAGACGAAUCUGAUGGAGAGAACCCUGUCCGCGGUUAUGAUUAUCCUCCUCGGUCUGGUUGUUUUAAAAAAAAUACUCCACGGGAUGAUGCCGUUUCUUCAGGAUCUUCGCCAGAAAGUCAUAGAUCGAAAGCGAUGGCUUCUCCGGUUUCUUCACGAAAGUUUGGCUCUUUGUCUGCAUUGGAAACUAGGCCAGGUUCUGUCUCAAAAAGAAUGGUGGAUGAUACAGAAGAUGGGGAAAUAGCAGCAUCGGGGGAUUCUCACAUAGAUCUCCAACGAUCAGGAAGUUGGGCCCAUGAACGUGAUGAAGGAGAAGAACAGGUUUUGCAACCUACAAUAAAGCGCAAACGGAGUAUUCGUGUAAGACCCCGUCAAACAGCAGAAAGAAUAGACGGUAUUGAUAUGCCUGCAUCUCAGCCAUUGCAAGUCGAUCGUAGCUAUCGAUCAAAAUUGAGGACAGUUGUUGACUCACAUGGUUCAAGACAAGAACAGAGUGAUUCAUCCUCGAGACUUAGGAGUUUACCUGCAAAGAAAGUAGCUAAUACUUCCAAGCUGCAUGUAUCAUCACCAAAUUCUGGUAGAUUGAAUGCCACCCAGGAGGACAACACUGAAGCUGCUAGAGAAACAUGGGAUGGAACUAGUCCUAUUGGCUCUUCAAGUGCAGGUGCAAGAAUGUCCCACAACAUACAGAAACGGUGCAAAACGGUAAUUAGCAAACUCCAAAGGAGAAUCGACAAGGAAGGUCAGCAGAUUGUGCCUAUGCUGACAAAUUUGUGGAAGAGAAUUCAGACUGGGUAUGCAGCUGGAGGUGUAAAUAAUCUAUUGGAACUGCGAGAGAUUGAUCACCGGUUAGAAAGGCUAGAGUACGCAGGGGUUAUGGAACUCGCAUCUGACGUGCAGUAUAUGCUAAGGGGAGCAAUGCAAUUCUAUGGAUUCUCACACGAGGUGAGAUCUGAAGCAAAGAAGGUUCACAAUCUGUUCUUUGAUCUGCUGAAGAUGUCUUUUCCGGACACAGAUUUCCGAGAAGCAAGGAAUGCUCUUUCCUUCUCUGGUCCAACCCCGACUUUGGUAUCCACACUAUCCCCGAGAGCAGCAGGUACUAGUCAGGGUAAGAAGCAAAAGCAUGUAUAUGAGAAGGAACCGGAGCCAAGCUCUCCUCAGAGACCUCAACAACGAGAGAAUUCAAGGAUCAGAGUACAGAUACCUCAGAAAGAAACAAAGCUCGGCGGGACAUCAAGCCACACCGAUGACUCUCCAAUUUUAACUCAUCCAGGGGAACUAGUAAUCUGCAAGAAGAAGAGGAAAGACAGAGAAAAGUCUGCGCCAAGAACAAGAACCGCUGGCUCAAGCAGCCCGGUCUCACCUCCAGCUAUGGUAGGUCGUGGUCUUAGAAGUCCUGUGUCUGGUUCAGGUACAAGGGAGACAAGGCUAGCUCAGCAGCAACGAUGGCCAAACCAAAGCACACAUCCAAACAACAGCGGUACGGCUGGUGAUUCAGUGGGAUGGGCUAAUCCGGUGAAGAGGUUAAGAACCGAUGCUGGUAAAAGAAGGCCGAGCCAUUUGUAAACAGAUUGAGCCUCUUUUAUCCUUUUAGUGCUUACAGGUGGUGGGUGAUAUGCAAUGUGGCAAUUGAAAGCAAUCUAGCAGCGAGUCUUGGACUUACCUUAGUAAAACAAAUAAUAGUAUUCUCCUUUUCUUGGUAUGUUGCUAUUUAGAAGAAUAUGUCCUUUUGUCCGCAGUAUCCUCCCAUCUUUAGAUAUGUUCUUUGUAUAAAAAGGAACGUUAUUGGAGAGAUGAAUUCAUGUUUUAUUGUA